CCCCGCCUACUGCCCGAUGACUGCUGGGAUAGGCUCCAGCACGCCCGCCACCCCCGUGGGGACAAGCGGUAUAGACAAUGGAUGGAUGGAAGGAUAUUUUGUGCGGUCCCACUAGUCUAAACACGGUAUUUUGAUGAAUAUAGCCAUUUGUGCAAUAUGAAUGAAGGAGUGCUCACUCUGUAGGUUCAUGUUGUGGCUUGUCUCCGAUAACUUCGUUUGGCCUCAAUAAUAUGUUGUUGCUGACUGUCAAACAACUCAAGAGGAAAAUUAUAAGUUCCAACUUUCCGUACACUUGGAAUGUUCAUGCUAAAAAAAACAAAAACAAAAAAAAACAAUGUGCUUCCCUUAUCUUCUGUGCCUUUAUCUCUACCGAAAAAAAGAGAGAGCGAGAGAGAAAGAGAGAGAGAGAGCAAGAGAGACGUGUAUGAAUACGCUACUCACAAAAGGUUAUGGCUUUUGGGUAUCAUUUUGGGGUCAGCCUGAAACGCACUCUAACCUUUACAGAUGAACAUAAUUUUCAACUGUUCAAUAUUUCAGUACUUUUUGCUAUUCUCCAACAAGGAACCAAAUAACGGGUAUUUGAUCCAUAAAAAUUUCCAAUAAUGGUACCAUUAAUCAGUUGUUGGGUAAAGUCUUGGUCUUAUGAUGCCAAAAUGUAUUUUGGUCAAUUUAUGGCUCAAACACCAUUUAGAAGUUUCAAGGUCAAAUUAAGUUCACCUUUAAUGGCUGAUAAAUUGAAGGUAAUCCUGAAAGUUCUCUCAAAAAGCCAACUAUCCCUAUUUUUGUGAGUAGUGUAUACUCACAUAAUCAAUGAUUUUAGCGCAGGUGCAGAACGGAGUAAACUCGCUAGAAAAUCUCAUCGUAACUCAACUCUAUGUGACAAUGCUGUCAUGGCUGACAAAAUUUCAAUUGACUGUCGAUAGACCAGUCAGGAGCUUCCAAUCAUUCCUUGUAUACUGCACGACUGAAAUCCAAAUCAGACUUGCAACAGGCUUCUUGUGGGUGUUACAUUAAGUUUACACCACAGCAGUUUCACGGGACAUCAUUUUAAUGACCGCUGAGACACUGAGGCUGUCAACUGCAAUGGAAAUGUUUUUCUUAAAUAGGAUGGAAUUGAACCAGUACCAUAACUGGGACUGACUGCGUGAACGGCUCAAGGUAGCACUUUUGUUUUCGAACAAUCCAAGCAGUCAAGAGCUACCCAUGCAUUUUGCCGUUUGUUGUAGCUUUGACCAUUAUACACAAGCACAUUUAUGCCCACUUGGCAAGAUCAUUUGUGUAUUGUAGGUUAAUCAUAUUGGACAUGUUGGGAUUAAGUUUAUCACCAAAAAACACCCUCCAAAGGUGAGGUGAUGUGAGCUCAAGGUACAUGCCUCAGUGUGAUUGGGUUACUGUUUAUUUAUCAUCAUUAACCAUCCAACACUUCCAACAUUGUCUUCUUUGGGCAUAUAAAUGUGUAUUUUUGAAUGCAGUUCACUUACGUUUUUUGGGAAAUUACAGGAUGGCAAAAUCAUUUUUGAUGAGGCAAGAUGAAGUUUGUGACAUUAUUGUUUUUAUUGUGUUUUUUUUUUUUUGCACUGAUCCUUGUUAAAGCAAAUAAAUGGGCAUUGAAGUAUUAAUAUGAAGCUAAGUCUUGCCAUUGAUGUUAUUAUAGUGCAUCAUUUGUAGCAUUGUUACAACCAUAUCCAUUUAUUGGACAUGUCCUGGAACUGUACCUCAGACCGGAUGUAUUUAAUGACAGAAGGGGCUUGUGAUUUUCCACACAUGCAGAAUAAUUCCAAAUGCUUUGAUUUUGAAUUUUUCUGAAUGUUGAAGAAUGAACAUUUUGUUCUUUUUGCUUUGGGUUUGAAUGCUAAUAUUGCUUGAGCGGCACAUUCAAAUAAUGUCACUGCCAUACUUGCUUUGAUUGCUUUUUCUAUGUUGUAUCCGACCCUGUUUGUUUGUUUUUUUGUUAUGUAUUUGUUAUGUUUGUGCAACAGUGUCAAGGUACAGUACCCCCCCAAGCUGUUCCUAUCAUUAUUAUAUGGUAUUAUUUGUUUUAUUUUAGAGCAGAAUGUAUUUUUAUUGGUGUGGCAUUUUCUUGCAUCAUCACCACCACAUUACAGCAAAUUUUAAUCAACAACAAAUGCAACAGGAAAUCAAACAUCCUUAUUCUUCUGAUUCCGCUAAUCCUGCGUAGUAUUUGCAUCUUUGUUCAUCAAGUUGUACACAGUAGUUAUUUUUAUUAUUUUUUUUGCAAAUUGUCUAAGAUGGUUCAUGUCUGUGAGAAACAUGAAUACAGUUUUGACCACAGUUUGGGGGCAGCAACUCACAAUUGUUUCCGUAUGCGGCUGUUUAUGUUGAGCUAUUCUUCUUCACACAUGGCAAAUUAUUAUCAUUACUUAUAUCUCAUCACUGUUGCUGUUUUGAAAUUUUUGCCUCUGCACUGCACACACCUCCCACCAGAGUGACUCAAGUCAACAUUGUAGCUAUGCAAAGUGUUUCAUACCAAUGACUAUCCGUUUAACUUUCAUGCAGUAAUAUGUCUAUUAAGCCUUGGAAGUCCUUUGAGAGGUUUGGCUUUGUCUUGCAAGGCAAUUUUUCCUACAGGUAAAACAGUCAGGUGUGGAGAAAUGUUAUUUUAUUUUAUUCACACUUUCUUGGAAGGAUUGAAAUAACUGUCAACAUCUUCCUCACUUUAGUCCGCCAAUAAAAAAAAAGGUUUUACGAUCUGGUGCUCAAUGCCCUGGAAAGGUAAUUGGUAUGUUAAUCUCAAUUUUAUUCUAAUCUUAUUUCAUUUUCAACCUUAUGUUUCUUCUGAUUUUAGUUGCUCAAAGCAAUUACUCAUAUUUAAGAUCCAUUUCAAUAAGAUCAUUUCCCUGAAGACUUAUAUUGACACGUUUCAGAACUUAUUGCACACCAAUGCCUCUCACAAUAGUGGGAAAAAAACGUUUCCCCUUUUAAUAAUUGCUUUACUUUUAUGUGUGUGUGUUUGGCACAAAGGGUUACGCGGAAUAUUGUUGUGUGUCCAUGAUAGUUACAUAAGGAAAAUGUCUGCUAAUCAACACCUUGAUCUUGAGCAUGUUUCAAUCCAAACUGCCUGUGUGUCAAUCCUGCCACAAACUAUUUUUCUGUGAAAUCCACAACUCUUUCAGUGUCAUUAAGAACCUGCGUGUAAUGAUGUUUGUCAUAUGUGAUGUAAACAAUGGCACUUUCCCCCCCGGGCCUCUUCACUCCUGAAUAACCAAGUUAGAUUUGGUUCUUUCUGUAGUUUGUCACAUAUGCCAGUAUGGGCUCUAUAUUCUUUGUAUUUAGUUUGUGGGACGUUUUGCACAUCAUUUAAAUGGCUGACACGUUUUUCCUCAUCUAACUUUAUUUGUGUUUGUAAGGGGAAUAUUAUUUGCUGUAGCAGAUUUUAUGUAACAAAGAAUAUGUCACAAUAAAUCCUUUUUAUUAGGAAAAGAAAUGUUGAUUUAUUGUCAUAGCGAGUGCAAAAAAAAAAAAAAAAAUCAAACCAUGAAAUAAACUUCACUUCCCAUGAUUCUCCAGUGACGUGGGCAUGGGAAGCUGUGACGAUAAGCAGCUAGUUGGCUUUGAUUAAUUUGUGAUAUUAUCAAAUGAAUAUCUUGCGUUUUUUGCUGGUGAAACACCACGGGGAGUCGGGAACUUUUUGUCGUCACCCAAACGUCGAGCGAGACUAAGAAAGGAGAAUGUUUAUCCUGCCAACCCUAUUUUAAGAUCUACACACACAAAAAACAAUCUGAUGAAAAUUCAUUGCAACGUUACUGAUUCCGUCAUGGAAGACAAGGCAAAUGGUUCUGUUGACACCAAAAGCCCAGUAGAGAAUGGCCAGCUUCCAGAUCCAGCCAACUGGGCGGUCGCUGAUGUGGUCAAUUACUUUAAAGCGACAGGGUUUGAGGAGCAGGCCACAGCAUUCCAAGAUCAGGAAAUCGAUGGCAAGUCAUUGCUCCUGAUGACACGUAAUGAUGUGUUGACGGGCCUGUCGAUAAAGCUGGGCCCAGCCCUAAAGAUUUAUGAGUAUCACGUGAAGCCGCUGCAAACCCAACAUCUAAAGAGCAACGCCUGUUAGCACGUCACCAGGAGCUCGAUAUUCUCCCACCUCAGUGACAAUCGACGACUCCCAACCAGCUAUCCGUUGGCAGAGACUCCUCUGGCCGUAUGGCACCUUAAAACUGGAUCGGUUUCACAAUGUUUUUUCGAAGCGUGCAGGACCCCAAACACGGAUAUGGGGUCUAAUGAGCUGUUUUUAUUUCUGCUGCUUCAGAUUUGUAUUUUACUUUUUAUUCGUCAUGUUUUAUUUAAGAUUUGAAUUCUUAUUGAGGAUGGUUUAACAUCUCUAAAUUGUUUGUGUAGAUUGUGUUACAUGUUUGUGUGAGUGUCAUGAACUUGUGAUGGUUUUAAAAAUUGUACAUAAGAUGAUAUAUGAUUGAAAACACUUUGAUAUGGCAGAAGUUACAGAUGUGGUAUUGUUGAAUAUGUCCUAAGAAAAAAAAAAGUCACAUGCAUGCUCUACAAUGCGCUGAGUCCAUGCCUUGCCACUUGGCUGGAAAUAUGCAGUUUUAUAUUUUCCCCAGAUACAACAAGACAAACUCAAAAGGUCCUGCUCGGUUCUUUGAAAAUAGAAAUGUGUGUAUAAUGAUGAUGUCCCUACUUGCCUGUGGUGCUUCAACUUGUUUGAAAAAAAAAAAAAAAGACUAAUCAGGUGUGCGUGUGGUUUUGACCUUGUACAACACUGGAUGGAGUUUGAAUAUUUCACUCAAAGACUUGCAAUAAACGGUGCUCUUUUCUCACCAAA